AAACACCAAUUAAUUCUCCUAAUCUUAGUAGUAAAAAUAAAAAAAUUAAGCCAGUUAAUAGAGAUAGUUUAUUAACAUUAAAAAAAUUAAUUAAGGAAUUAACUACUCCAAUUUUUAGGCAAAUUUUAUUAGAAAAAUUAUUACUUUGCA